GGAAACCUUUGCCAGUUGGUAGGACGUUUCCUAGUGUGAUUAUGCAGUUUUGAGGGCGACUUAAAACAAGAUAGAAAGAUGGCGUCCUUGUCAGUUUGCCAGUUCCCUGGCGCUGGUUUCGGUUUCGAGAAUUGUAAAAGAAAUGCACUUCUUGAAGCUAAACUUGAAGAAAGGAGGUGUAAGCUUCCUGAGGCAAGAAAGACUGGGACCACCAUUGCUGGUGUGGUGUUCAAGGAUGGCAUAAUUUUAGGUGCUGAUACUAGAGCUACUGAAGGAAUGGUUGUGGCAGAUAAGAACUGUUCCAAAAUUCACUACAUCUCUCCAAAUGUUUAUUGUUGUGGAGCUGGCACUGCUGCAGACACAGAAAUGACAACACAGUUGAUCUCAUCAAAUCUGGAACUUCAUGCUUUAUCAACUGGACGAUUGCCCAGAGUUGCCACGGCCAACCGUAUGCUGAAGCAGCUGCUUUUCAGGUACCAAGGCUACAUAGGCGCUGCUCUGGUUCUAGGAGGAGUAGAUUGCAAUGGACCUCAUCUUUACAGCAUUUAUCCACAUGGAUCAACAGAUAAACUCCCAUAUGUCACUAUGGGCUCUGGGUCUUUGGCAGCAAUGUCAGUAUUUGAAAGCCGGUACAAGCCAGACAUGGAGGAAGAGGCAGCCAAGCAGUUGGUACGGGAUGCCAUUGCAGGAGGCAUUUUCAAUGAUCUAGGAUCUGGCAGUAAUAUAGAUUUGUGUGUUAUCACAAAGAACAAAGUUGACUAUAUUCGCCCCCAUGAUAUCGCAAACAAAAAGGGUGUUAGGUCUGGCAGUUACAAGUACAAAAGAGGGACUACUGGCGUUCUCACAAAAAACAUCACCCCUUUGGAUAUUGAUGUAGUAGAAGAAGUUGUACAGAGAAUGGAUACCUCUUAAGAAUUUUAGAUUUCUAGUGUUUUCAGUACCUUGCUGUGCAUGGUGUUUACGAUGGCAUAUCUGUUAAGCAUCUUAUGACAGAGUUGUUAAAUGUUCUAGUGCACUUUUUAGAAUUAAAUUGAAAUGGAAAGUA